CCUCGGCUGCCAACGGUCUUGGGCUCCGCUGUGCUUUCUGCACUCCGGUCCAGCCAUGCCUCUGUUCUUCAUACUCGCCGAGUUUGCCAUGCUGUUGGCCGGCCUCGAUUCGGAAGGAAUAUGGCUGCAAGUCACCGUGCCAAGGAAGAUAGACCCGCCCGAGAGCGGAGUUCCAGGAGAGGUGGCUUAUGUCAUUACAAUUGAUGGUGAAUCCCAUUCUCUGCAUCUCAGGAACUACUCAUUCUUAUCCCAGGAUUUUUUGGUUUAUACAUAUAAUGAAAAUGGAUCUUUGUAUACUGACUCUUCACAUAUUAUGACGCAUUGCUAUUACCGAGGGUAUGUUGAUGAACUUCCAAAUUCCACUGUGACUCUCAACAUCUGCUCUGGCCUCAGGGGAUUCCUACAGUUUGAAAAUAUCACCUAUAGAAUUGAACCACUGGAGUCUUCAGCAAGAUUUGAGCACAUAGUUUAUCAAGUGAAAAAUGGCAAUUCAACGUUAGCAAAAAAUUACAGUCGUAUUUGGCAAAUAGACCAGCCCGAUAAAGGUCAUUUCAAUGCACAGGAUAAAAAUGAUUCACAACUAUUACCUCAAAGUCUAAAACUGCACAUGAUAGUGGGAAAAUCUUUGUAUGAUUAUAUGGGAUCUGACAUUAUGGCUGUAACAAAGAAAAUUUUCCAGAUUAUUGAGCUUGUUAACACAAUGGUUACUCAGCUGGAACUGACGGCUGUGUUAGCCUCCUUGGAACUGUGGUCAGAUAAAAAUCAAAUUUCUACUGAUGGCGAUGCUAAUGAUAUUUUACAAAGACUUUUGGACUGGAAACGAGACUAUCUUACCCUACAGUCCCAUGAGAUAACACACUUACUCACUUACAGGAAACAUCCAAACAAUAUUGGAGCAACAUCACCGGGUGAAAUAUGCAAUAAAAGCUAUGUUGCGGGUAUCGUCAUGUGUCCAGAAGACAUAGGUUUGGAGGGAUUGUCGGUAGUUAUCACUCAACUGAUUGGCCUUCAAAUAGGAUUAUCAUAUGAUGAUGUCAAUAAUUGUUCCUGUCCCAGAGCUCCAUGCAUAAUGCAACAGGAAGCCGUGAGUUCCAGCGGGGUGAAGACUUUUAGCAACUGUAGCAUGCAUGACUACAAGCACUACGCUUCAAAAUUUGUUGAGAAAUGUCUUGGUAACCUUUCAAAUGUGCAAGAAUUACGAGAGAGUCAGCCCGUGUGUGGUGACGGAAUUGUGGAAGCUAAUGAAGAGUGUGACUGUGGCAAUGACACGGAAUGCCAGUUUAAAGAGUGCUGCAACUCUGAAACAUGCAGGCUGAAAGCCUCUGCGAAAUGUGGCUCUGGACGAUGUUGCACACCAAGCUGCGAGCUGUCACCAGCAGGCACUCCCUGUCGGAAGGCUGUUGACCCAGAGUGUGACUUCACAGAAUAUUGCAACGGAUCCUCUAGCCACUGUGUCCCCGACACCUUCGCAGUGAACGGCCAUUUGUGCCGGCUGGGAUCUGCGUACUGCUACAACGGACAGUGCCAAGCUCUGAAUGACCAGUGUGUCAGCUUAUUUGGAAAAGGUUCUCAAGGCGCCUCCUAUGCCUGUUUUGAAAAAGUUAAUUCACCACGUGAAAAACUGGCAAGCUGUGAUUUUAAAAAUUCAUCCCCAUGUGGACAAAAGGAUGUUCUCUGUGGGAAAUUAGCUUGCUUUCAGCCACACCAGAAUCACAAAAGCACAGCCCGGUCCGUGGUAUAUUCGUAUGUCCAUGACAGCGUGUGCCUGUCCAUGCCUCCGGGGUUAUCUAUGAGGUCAGACGGCAGAGAUUAUGCGUUUGUGGCUGAUGGCACUGUGUGUGGACCCCAGAUGUAUUGCAUAAACAGAACCUGCCAAGAAGUUGAUCUAACAGGAAAUGACUGUAAUGCUACUAAGAAGUGCAAAGGGAAUGGGAUAUGUAAUAACUUUGGUAAUUGCCAAUGCUUUCCUGACUACAGGCCUCCAGACUGUAAAUUACAGAUUGGGUCACCAGGGGGCAGCAUCGACGAUGGAAACAUUCUCAGGUCAGACAUAAUUUUGGCGGCAAAGAGCUUCAGCAAGCAUCAGGACAGCUGGCUGAUCCUGGGUUUCUUCAUCUUUCUGCCUUUUGUCCUAAGCAUCAUCAUUGGGAUCAUGAAGAGAAAUGAAAGGAAAAUCCUGCCUCAGAGAGAAUGCCAAAAAUGAGGGCAAGUUAUUCAUCACAUCAGAAAGCUGCCAAGGAGUUUAGCGAUGAAUAGAUCAAAGGAGAAAAUGUGUGUCCUAAUCCCUCUGUUAUCCCCUGGAUACAGUUUAAACCUCAGACUUUUGUAAAAUAAAAUGGAUACAUGCACAA